AUGGAUAAUGGUCCAUGGUAUUCUAAAUAGGAGGGCAGUCCACUCAAAUUGUCUAGAAAUGCCUCAAUAACAUCUCCCAGAAGAAUGGAUAAUUCUGAACUGAAACUGGUGAGAGAAUACAAUAGUCAGGUUUCGAUCCCUGAACAUUAAAUACUGUCCUUUGAUCACUUGUUAGAUGAAAUCAAUUUUGGAAAGUUCUAAUACUGGAUAUACGGUAUUAUGGCCUUGAUGAGUAUUAGUGAAGGAGCUUAGAUUACCAUAUUUACAUUAAUGGUCCCCAUAUUAAAAAAUGAGUGGCACAUUUCUGAUUCAUUAAAUUCGUUAUAAGCAAGUUUUGUUUUUGUAAUAGUGUCAUCUUAAUUCAGGUAGGAUAUUUAGUAGGUUCAAUGUUGUCAGGACAAUUGGCUGAUAGAGUUGGUAGAAAGAAACCAUUUCUAAUUAGUUCAUUUUUUACCUGUCUAUUAUCCUUAGGAACCAUAGCUUGUUAAGAAAUUUAUUCACUUUUGAUAGUCAGAGCAUUGCUUGGAAUUCUGGGUAUUAGAUAAUGAAUUAAUAUAUAUAGUUGGUCUCUUUGCACCCUGUGGAGUUACUAUGAUAUCUGAGAUUACUCCUGGUCAUUUAAGAGGCAGAUACAUGGGUUUAAUAACUUUGACAUUUGCCAUAGGUCAACUAUUUGGGCUGCUUGUUGCUGAAUUCACAUUAAUAUCGUUGGAUGAAGGCAAUUGGAGAUUGCUGACUUUUUGGUGUUGUCUACCAGGAUUUUUAGCUUGGUUUAUUAGUUUAUUUCGUUUGAGGGAGAGUCCUAGGUUUGCGUUGUUAAGUGGAUAGAAGAACCUAGCCUAUAACAUUAUUGAAGAGAUGAUUUAAUCAAACAAAUCUUCGAUUCAAUUUAAUGAUGAAAUGAAGAUCAAAUUAUCUAAUUGGACUCAUGCAAUGAAUAGAAUUGCCAAAAAUUAAAAAAAUGUAAUUCAUCUUUUUAUGUUGAGGCUUCAAUCACGUCACUUUUUGAGAAUAAUAGAUUCUUCCUGACAAUUUUAAUUUGGUUUAAUUGGUUUAUACUUUCAUUUGUAUAUUAUGGAAUUGUACUUUUAUUACCAGAUAUAUUGUCGCACAUCGAAUAAACUCAGACUGGAAGAGAUAAGAUAAUUUAAUUAGUAGUGUCCUGCAUUAGUGACAUUUUGGGUGCCGUAGCAGCUGCUUUCUUUAUUGAAUUAAAAGGAUUUGGAAGAAAAAACUCUUUAAUAAUAUUCUUUACUAUACAAGCCUUAACAGCACUUAUGGGAUUUUAUGAUAUUGAACAUCGUUUUAUAUAUUGGGCAACAGCAUCUAAGUUUUUUUUAUCUAUGACUUUCAUCUUUUCGUAUCAAAACUUAAUUUUAUUUAGAUUUUAAUAUACGGCUGAAGUAUACCCAACCAAAAUAAGGACCACUGGAAUAGGAAUGGCCAAUGGAAUAGGAAGACUAGGAGGAGUGAUCAUGCCAUGGAUAUGCAUGUAUAUGAAUAGCAAGCAACUGAGAAGUCCAUUUGUAUUAUUUUCUGUUCUCUCUGUUAUUACGUCAUUUUCAAAUUGUUUCUUGCCAUUUGAGACACUGGGGAAAGAAUUGGAAUGACUAAUU